AUGGGUAAACUCGGAAAACCCUACCUUCCACAGAUUUCUGUUUUGGUUAUCUGCUCGAUUGUUCUACCUCUUCUAGUCUCCGCGGCGGAGGAAGAAGAAACCGUCUGCGGUUGCUCUGCUGCUUAUAAGAUCAUAGCUAUCUUCUCCACAUUGAUUUUCGGAGUUUUUGGUGUUUGUUUGCCGAUCUUUGGCCUCCAUCCAGACAAUGUUCUCUUCUCAAUUGUUAAGACAUAUGGUGGCAUAUCAGUCCUCGUCAUUGGUGUCGGCGACAUUCUUCCUGAUGCCACAGAGAGCCUCACGAGUUCAUGGGUCGGAGAUGAGCCACCUUGGGGUGAUUUUCCGAUGACCCAAGUUGUAGCCAUGGCUGCUGCGAUCAUAACCCUCACUGAAUCAUUGGCUCCAAUUUUUAUGGAAAGACGUCACUUUGGAUAUCAGAAGCUCCCGGUGUUGGAAUUAGGGGUUUUGGUUCACUCAGUGAUCAUAGGAAUAUAUUUAGGAGCAUCUCCAAGUGUUAUCAAAAUUAAGACUCUUAUAGCUGCACUCAGCUUCCAUCAAUUGUUCCAAGGAAUUGGGUCUUGGACGUCGCAUCUACCGGGCAAAGUAUGAAUUGAAGAAAAGUUUGGUUAUGGUGAUAGUAUCUGCUCUCACAACACCUGUAGGAAUCGGGAUCGGUAUUGGAGUCGCGGAGAUUUUCAACGAGAGAAGCCCGACCAUGUUGAUGGUAUCCGUUUUUUUAAAGCUGCAGCCGCUGGAAGAUUGAUGAUGUACAUGGCGUUGCUGCUUUUCAUGUAAAUCUCGAUGCUAUUGGUAUUAUGUCACUAGCCACGGGGAGGUGUACUACUUGCUGCUGGCAAUUAGUUUUUGUUUCGAUUUAAGUUUUGAGGAAGUUAUAGAUUUUGGGCCUGUUCGUUUGAGCAGUUGACUGAUUCAUCCAGAU